AUGCAACCAGUAAGGAAAGUACAGCAAGCAACACAUUUUAAAAGAGUAAGUACUAGAGCCAAUGAGUGAACUCUAUAAAUACUGGAACGAUAAGUCCAGAUAAACGGGCCCUAUGAUUGCGUGAACUUGUUUUUCACUCGUCAAAUAUAACUUUGCUUCUUGUGAUGAAGUGUUUCUAAAAUUCGCUUAUUUUAGUUUCUUAGGGCUACGGUAAAACCGGACUUAAAAAAUAGUCGGCCGAAACAUGAAAUUUCUAUAUGAAAUGAUGUCGAUUUUUCGUACUGAAUUCAGUGAAUUUCCACGUAGGGGCCUAGGGCAUACCUACAAGACGGGCUUCAUUAGCCGUUUUGUUCGCCGAUAAAAACCUGCCUCCUCCGCAGGCCCUCGUUGUGUCAUGGGAAGGUCACGAUUUCGAGAGGGCCUGCGGAAUCUUGUAAAAUGAAUAAAUGUUGUUUUGAACCUGCUUCGUUAAAGAAGGCAGUUUUAUUCGUGCAACGUUGGUGUGGACAACAAACCUUAUCGUUAAAAAAUGCUUCCUUCCACGUCCUAAGAGUCGCCAGUUUAAUUUAUAAGUUUCACGCCGCUUUUUUAUAUCUGUUUAUAUUCAAGAUUAUGUAGAAAUUUACUUGCUGACGUGACGCCGGCGCCAUUUUUUUUACAAGAUUCCGCAGGCCCUCGCCAGAACGUGACCUUCCCAUGACGCAACGAGGGCCUGCGGAGGAGGCAGGAUAAAAACAAUAGGAAGGGCCUGGAACUGACGUCUUAUAGCUCUUCAAUUUCCGCCAUCUUGGCAAGGAGUGUGCCGAAAUUUCGUAAUUUGACUUCGAUUUAAAGACUAAUAUAUAUAUAUGUUAUUUACCGGCUGCGAGGUCCGGAUGAGAAAAACUGUGCCCGAGGUCUAGGGCGAGGGACGUUUUCAAGACCGAGGGCACAGUUUUUCUCAUCCGGACCGACGCUGCCGGCAAAGAACGUGUUUAUUUUUUAUCAGAUGUAAAAAUUAAAUUGAUUAAAAUUCCAGUGUUGCUUGCGAACUAAUUGAGAUCAGUGCAGUUGUGUAUUUUCAAAGCGAGGCUGACAAAAAUUGAAAAAUUAAAAGAUAUAAAACACGAAUACGAAAACUCGAGGAAACUGGCAAGAAACACAAAAAGACGUAUAUAGUUUCAGUAAAAAUGUACAUGCUUUUUUCAUGAAUAUGGUAGCAGAGAAGCUUUGGAAUAAAAACUUUUAUGCCUGGCGUUUUGGCUUUGGCUUUGACAAGUUGCUCCUGACAACGACAGGUUCAUGUUCAGAUCCGAUCAAAAACAUAUAAAAUUGUAUUUUUCUUGUCGUUUCACGAUAAUAUGCUUGAAAAAAGUGUUUUUAAACACAAACUUUUACUUUGUUCACAAUAUUUAUAUCAGUGAAAAAUACAUGACACAAAUGGGUAGAGAAUAUAUUCGUGACUUGUUUUCACUGCUGCAGUUAAACCUUCUUUUAUAAAUGGGAACACAUUUAUUUUACAAUAUCUGUUUAAGCUGUAAUUUUUUCGCUUUUAAGUGGCCGAAUACAUGAGCAUUUAAAAAAUAUAUAGUUUUCUCGACGUAAGUUUUAUACAUGUCAAAUACUUUCCGACUUUCAGUCGCAUUUCUAUCCAAAUAUUGUCAAUUCUCGUGAACAUCGUGCUUAGUAUAUGAAGCCUUUAGGGCUUGAUGCAAUUCAUUUUCGUAUUCUGACUAUCGUUAGGCUAUGUUUUUCAAACGUUUUUGGCAGAUUUUUUCGUUUAAAAAUUGUUUCACUCCUCAGUUUUUGGCGCGAAAACCAGAGCGGGCAGUUGCAUUUCACAGCGGGCAGUUGCGUUUCAGAGCGGGCCGGAUGCAAAAAACCGGCCCGCUCUGAAAGGCUCCUCAGCCAAUCAGAUUGCUUCAUUUUCACUGAUAAAAAAUAAUAUGAUUUUAUGAACUGAAAACUUGAUUAGCGAUACUGUCCGUUAGAAAAAACUGGAUUUGGGGGAAAAUGGUACAAAAACUGUUUACGACCUUCGGAGCUAUUAGACACCUUAAGAUUGACGUUUACGGCAAACGUCAAACCGCUAACAAAAUGUUUGAUUUUACAACUCUAUUAUAACAGCUUUUAAAGCAGUUUUGAAAUAUAUUAAACAAUUAUUAAACUUGUGGUAUUUAGCAAUUAUUUAAGAAAGCAAAUUAAACACUAGUCACGUAUUCACCAAAGCAGUAAAUUAAGAUUUGGCGUUUGAAGUUGACGUUUGGCGUUCAUGCUUGAACGACUACAAGCCCUCGUAUAGCUGUUCAAGCAUGAAAUUUAUACGCCAAACGUAAACUUCAAACGCCAAAUCUUAAUUUACUGCUUUGGUGAAUACAUGAUUAGUGGUUAAUUUGUUUUCUUAAAUCAGUGCUAAAGAGCACAAGUUUAAUAAUUGUUUGAUAUAUUUCAAAACUGGUUUAAAAGCUGUUAUAAUACAGUUGUAAAAUCAAAAAUUUUGUUAGAGGUUUGACGUUUGCCGUACACGUCAAUCUUAAGGUGUCUAUUAUCGCGCUUACCAGGCUGACCCACUAACUGGGCCAGCUUGACUUCACUAUAAAUAGCCCCUAUUAAAACCAGAGUGGUGAAACAUGAUUGUAUAUUUUCUAGUACAAUAGACAACUUGCAUGUUAGACUAAUUUUUGAUAUAGACAAGAAAAAGUAAAUUCCCGUAAAGAACUUAUUAAAAUUGCAAAAUUUGGUUACGAAAUGUUGUAAAAUACGGAAAAUAUAGCCUUGCGAAGUUUGCAUAUUUUGUAUAUGUUUGUAUUACGUACGUGCGGAAGUUUUGUUACCAUUUUUGAGCUGAAAAUGGUAACAAUUUCCGCACGGCCUAAUUCCACGACGAGCGAAAUGCGAAAACACACUUGCGCGAAAAUUUUCUCUCGUAUUGAUUUCCACAGUAGAGAAAAAAUUCGCCAAAACACAAGCAUUUGAUUGGCUUCGCUAUUUUGUCAUCAAAACACAAGCAUUUGAUUGGCUUCGCUAUUUCCAUUUCGCAACGGAGUAGAAACGAAUCACUCCAAAAUCAUGUUGCGCAUGCGUUCAACCUUUUCGCGCGAAAUUUUUCGCAUUUCGCUCGUCGUGGAAUUAGGCCUUAGUACAAACAUAUACAAAAUUUGCAAACUUUACAAGGCUAUAUUUUCCAAUCUUUACAACAUUUUGCAACCAAUUUUUAUGUUCUUUUUAGCUGUGGUAUUUGGUUUCCUUCUCUUUACUUAGAUUUAGUAUAACAUGCAAGUUGUCCCUUAUCUCUCAUAUUUUCUAAUUGAUAUUUAUAUUUUUCAUGGUUUUUUUUUAUUGUAUAGACGAGCGGUAAGGCUAUUGGUGAUCCAGACAGAAUCGUCGACGAUUUACUAACCCCGUGUUCUCCUGGUACAGUAACGCAUUGUUUUUAGUAAAAAAAUACCGAUAAUACUGAUAUAUUGAUAUUUUUCCGCGAUUGUAUAUUGCGUAAUUUUAAGCAAAAUUUUCUGUCUCCAAAUGACGCCAAACAUUUAAUAAAAGACGUUUAACAAUACAAUGAUAUUUUUAGUUUUUGAUAUUUUUAGAUUUUUUUUUUAAUACCAUUUGCAAUCAGUUAUCGUUGUUUACGUUGUAAAAGUUCAACGCCAACGUAAACAAAUACGUUUUACUUUACAGCUUUUCCUGCCGGGUUAUUAUUAUUAUUAUUAUCAUCUUUAUUAUGGUCAAUUAAUCAUAUAUUACAAAGAAGAAAAAAAAACGUAUAAAAUAUUCAAUCAAACUAUUAAUAGAAUAUAGACCCUAAAUGGGCAAGGUAUAAACGGGACUCAAAGAACCAUGCAAGAUACCUUCCCAAACGUUAUUAAAACUAAUUUAUAUAACAUUACACACACAAGACACAACUCUACACACACCUAGUGCACCACAAUUUACGUCCUAUGACAUGAACAGUCACAAAACAAAGACCACGUACAUGACAAGUCAACAUCAUAAAUAGAAUCAACAAUACUAGAGUAUCUACGUUUAACUAAACAUUUAAAAGAACUAUACACAUUGAUCGUAUUUGUCCUCCUUGAAAUAACUCGAAUCAGCGCUUGGAAAAGCUGGACGUUUAAAUAUACAAACGUAAACUGAUACCAGUCAUACCGACAAAUAUCGAUAUACUGAUAUAUCGAAAAUUUAAAUAUCGAAUAAUCGGUACUUAUAAAAAAAUGAUAAUUUUCGGUAUAUCGAUAUACCGCAACAGCGUGCAAUUUUUCUUGCAACUUGCAAUGCAAUUCUACUCUUGAGAGAUGUAAAAUUGCCAAAUACGAGUCUUCAUUACACUCCGCUGAUGUUUUCUCAACAUAUCGAAAAUUCUUCACUGAUUUCACUAAUUAACAUCUCUCAAGAGUAGAAUUGCAUUGCAAGUUGCAAGAAAAAUUGCACCGUGUAACAUGGCCUUUACACUUGCAAUUUUCUUCUUCUGAUGGAUGUGAACGAGUGGAUAAGUUAUGAAUAGUCAGAUGAGGGUACACAUGUACUCCGAAUAUUCUUAACUCAUCUACUCGUUCACAUGCAUCAGAAGGAGAAAAUCGCAGCAAAAAUGCAAGUGUAAACCGGCCUUCAUACGAUGUUUCACGUGGGUAAUUUUUGUUGUCUACAUUUUAGGUGAUGCCGGAGCCACGCCGAUGAGCUGGAUGGAUGUGCCAGGGGACAAACUUCUGGAACCGCUCGUUGAUAUGGUAAGAUCAGUUUUAUUUGAAACUUACUCAAUUGUUUUUAGUCUUUGCAAUAUGCCAGGGCUCGAAAUAGCAGGCUGCCUUACUGGCCAAAAGCAGGCCGUAUUUUAGAAAUGGCUGGCAAAAACAAAUUUGAACUGCCAAGUCAAAAAAAUGACAUGGGAAAUUCUAUAGAUAUAUUUCAUUUCAUUUGCUUACCACAACUCAUAUAUACUAUAGAUCAUUUAGUUGACUAAAUAUACGUUGAUAUUUGAAAUGUAAAUCCAAGUUUACUGUAGUAAAAUAGACAAGUUUAAAAAUAACAAAAAUGCAUAUCAUGAAAACAAUGAUUUUUACAAUAUGAUUCAUGAGACAUCGCCAUUUUGGCAGUUCAAUGAAUAAAAUGGCAGUCAAAAUUUUUUUUUUCACCCGCCAAAACGUUUUAGUCUGGCAGGCCAUAUUUUUUCUCUACUUCGAGCCCUGACUAUGCUGUCAUGGUUUGUGCUUGAAUUACCUGAAAAAGAUAUCUCCAAUGUGGUGGUCCAGUGUAGAUAGUAUUCUUCACACGAAAGCCCUGGGAACGAGGUUGGAUAGUAUUUUAUAAUAACCUGUCGUGGUUUGUGUUAGAAUCAGUGAACUCUAUACACCCUUUUCAUAAAUGGCUGCCGAUUAAAAAUUCUUUUAUGUGCUUAUAAAUUGGCCCAACUAGCCUCGUUUCUGGGUAGAAAUUUCUUUGAAAUCUUAACAUGAGUACGAGGCUAGUUGGGCCAAUUUAUAUGCACAUAAAAGAAUUUUUAAUCGGCAGCCAUUUAUGAAAAGGGUGUAUAGAUACUGGAACGAUAACUCUAGGUAUAGACCCAUUGCAGUGACGUCACAAAUCCUUAAAGUGUCCUCCAGAUGCUCCCUAACGAUAUCUGUUCGGGUACAACCACAAAAUUAUUAUAAAGUUUUACAAAAUUUGCUUUGUUUACAAAAGUUAUAUUAUGCACAGAUUGCUAAUUUGUCCUCCAGAUGCAUCGUCACCAGCGCUGUGACGUCAUGUGCAAUGGGUCUAUACCCUAUGAUUGGGCGAAGCCAAGAUGGCGGCCUAUAGACUAUAGAAUACGUAGAACACGCGUGGAAUUCGCGCGGGAACUGAAAAUGACUAAAGGCCAUGUUACACGGUGCAAUUUUUCUUGCAACUUGUAAUGCCAUUCUACUCUUGAGAGAUCUUAAUUAGUGAAAUCUGUGAAGAAUUUUCGAUAUGUUGAGAAAACAUCAGCGGAGUGUAAUGAAGACUCGUAUUCGGUAAUUUUAAAUCUCUCAAGAGUAGAAUUGCAUUGCAAGUUGCAAGAAAAAUUGCACCGUGUAACAUGGCCUUAAGUUUCCGAUCGAUGUUUUUCAGUUUUUGCACAUAAAUGCUCAUUUUUAGUGGUAAAUACCCUACUUAAAAGCCAAAAACUAAAUGAAAAGGUCAGAUUGGGGCAACUGCAGUCCAUGUUGUUCUGUGUUUAGUUCAAAUCCCUCACAGGUUGUACAGAAAAACAAACGUUUGCUGGUGUUUUCCCACGGGGGUUUUUUCUGAACUUGUUUUUCACUCGUCAAAUAACUUUGAUUUUUAUGAUGAAGUAAACACUACUUGCGAAAAACAAAAUGGCGGUCGUUUUGUAGCGAAUUUUCGGUAAAGUUUCUGAAGAAAUUGUGCCAUAUUCUUCAUUUCACACAUUCUCAGUUUAGUACAAAAUUCAAUAAUAAUCAGCAAAUUAUAUUAAAAUACAUUGUGAAAAUCAACCUUUGACACAUUGUUUUUGCAAAACGCCAUUCGCAAAAUGGAUGAUUUUGCGUUCGCAAAAAGCGAACUUGCAUUCGCAAAUUGCGAAUAGCCAGCUGCUAAUUCGAACCCUGGGUAGAAAAGACAAAAUUCUGCCAUGAAGCAUCCGCGGUUUUGGUAAUAUUGUGCAGCCUACAUAUUCGUCCCCCUUAAUAAAACUUCAGGAAAUGGCCGCCAUGAUUAAAAUGCUUUUGUCUCUGUAGGGUGAUAUGUGUCGAUCACUUGCCACGACCAGACCGACAGUAAACCAAGACGAUCUCAAGAAAUAUGAAAAAUUCACAGAAGACUUUGGUCAGGAAGGAUAGUUAGUAUACAUAAAUAAUUUUCAUAAAUUAAAACACGCCAAUCUUUUCCUCGCCAUAUGCUAGCGAGACAAAGUUGUCGGUUGGACAAACUUUAUAAUUUUGAACUGUAGAAUAUCACUGCUAAUUUCAACUUGUAAAUGUAUAAAAGCACGCAUAUAAAACAAAGAUUGAAAUUUUGACCAUUCCACAAAACUUUCCACAAAUCCACAGGUUUUGACGAGUUCCAAGACUUAUGUGACUAAGACCCCAUUCACACGAUACCGGCAUGGAAUUGACAACUUGCAUGUUAGAUUAAAUUUUAAUCUAAGUAGAGAGAAGGGAUUUAAACACAACAGUUAAAAAGAACAUAUUAAAAUUAGUAAAAUUGCAAAAUGAGCCGAAAAUGGUAACAUUUUCCGCACGUAAUACAAAUAUACUGAAAAUAUGGAAACUUCGCAAGGCUAUAUUUUCUGUAUUUUACAACAUUUCGCAACCAAUUUUUGCAAUUUUACUAAUUUUAAUAAGUUCUUUACUUCUGUUCUUUACUUUUUUUUUUCCUAAAUCAAAAAUUAGUCUAACAUGCAAGUUGCCUAUUCUGCCGGCAGAAAAUCACGGUUUCAACUGUUUCAUUUUUCGACACUUUUUGAACCUGCAUGUAGUUACUUUAACGGGUUUAAAAAGCAUUGUCGAUUUGUCGUUUCAAAAGUACGUCCUGUUUCCGCUAUCCGCUACUGACUACAACCACAACCCGCGCUACUUCAUCUGCGCCAGCAGCUGGGAAAAGUUAAGGCUAUAGCUUUACUUAUUUGGCCGAUUUUCGACUCUUUCAAAAAUCGAAAAAGUGGGUGAAAAUAGACGAAAAAUUAAGGCUAUAUAUAUAGCCUAAAAAUUAAAGGCUAACCCAUUUACUUUUUCAGAAAAAUUAGGCUAUAUAGCCUUAAUUUUUGGCCUAUUUUCGACCCUUUUUCAAAAAUCGAAAAAGUGGCUGAAAAUGGACGAAACCUUAAGGCUAUAGCCUUACUUUUUGGUCGAAUUCCCGCCCUUUUUCAAAAAUGGAAAAGUGCCUAACUUUUUGUGCCUAACUUUCCAAAAAUGGAAAAGUGCCUAACUUUUUGUUUUAAUUUCCAUUGAAUUUCAAGGCCCCUCUAGCCGAGAAACGUAAAUUUACGCCAGUCCGAAAAUUGUACCGUUGGAAUCUUCGGUUAAUAGGCUUUCUGUCGAUGCCUUAUUGGAGCAUCCUAGACCAUCCGUGGACAUAAAAAUUCGGUUUUUCCAGCUGCAUGUGUAACCGAAAAAGACGUGAAACGGUGAAAGUUAAUAUUAUGCGUUUUCGAACCUUAUGUUCUAUUGAAUUUCAAGGUCCGUGCAGGACAGACUUGAAUUUACCACGGUCUGAAAAUUGUAUUUUUGGAAUCUGCGGUCCAUAGGCUUUCUGACGAUGCCUUAUAUCGCUGAUAACAAGGUUCUUUACGCUGAUAACAAGGUUCCUCACGCUGAGGACAACGUUCCUCACCCUGAGGACAAGGUUCCUCACGCUGAGGACAAGGUUCCUUACGCUGAUAACAAGGUUCCUCACGCUGAGGACAAGGUUCCUCACGCUGAGGACAAGGUUCCUCAUGCUGAGGACAAGGUUCCUCACGCUGAGGACAAGGUUCCUCACGCUGAGGACAAGGUUCCUUACGCUGAUAACAAGGUUCCUCACGCUGAGGACAAGGUUCCUCACGCUGAGAACAAGGUUCCUCACGCUGACGACAAG